UCAGUCGCUUUGAAUUGGUUCGCCGUGUCGGUUGUUAAACGCUUUCGUAACGGGACGUUCGCGCUCACCAAAGGUCUGUCUUUGCCUCUGAGUGAUUCCGAUUCCGACUUGGAUUUGGUUUUGGAUGCGGAUUCGUUGGCCGGAUCAGCCGCGUUGCACACAAUCGCCGCAUAUAAUAAUAAUAUAUACGAUACGAUAAUACACAAUACACUGUAAUCGACGACAUACAUAUUUGGGCUUCGCCCAACUCGCACGUUAUGCAAAUCGAGGCGGCAGAAGGUGAAGGCGUUCAUAUUCAAAUUUACAUUCAGAUUCAACCUGAGAGUCUGUUACAAAUGCAGCGGGCGCGAUUCGCGGGCGUGUCGCCAACUGGUCGCCAGCAGCAGCAGCAGCAGCAACAGUUGCAGCAGCAGCAGCAGUAACUGGCUGCAGUCGCUGGUUCUAUUCGCUCUGUUGCAGUGGCCUAAUGCGACGGCACAAAUUUGGCAAGAAAAUCCGUGCAAGUGAUUGCAACGCGUAUUAGCCAGGGCCAACCAGUUGAGAACCAAAAUCGAACGCAAUUAAAGCUUAUGACACUAACGACAACAACAGCAGCAGCAGCAGCAGCAACAACAACAACAACAACAACACGACAACAACACAACAACAACGCACUGUGUGACACACAAAAAGUAUCUGAAAGAUCGCUGCAAUUGGUGGACGUGUGUGGAAAAAAACAGCUCGGCCGCCGCAUAGCAAGCCAAAAUCAAAAAUAAAUACAACAAAACCGAAAGAAGAAAUAAAAAAAUAAUACAAAAAAAAAAUCAAAUAAAAUAUAGCAACAAUUUAUACACAAGAUCGAAGUGUUAAAAUUCAAAAUAAACUUCACAACUAAGUGUGCCAAUAACAAAAACAACAACAAAUACAACAAGUAUCUGUGCUAGUAGCUAGAAGAAGCGUGUAGAAUACGAUUUGUCUAGCAAUCUCCAGCCUUAAUUUGCAAAGUCAGCGAAAUAAUAAAAAAAACGGAAAAUACCAAGAAGAAAAAACAAACAACAACAAAAACAAUAAUAAAGAAAAAAGUAAAGAAAAGACAAACAACGCACGGCCACGGCAUCGGCAAAGGCAACAACUAAAAGCCGCGCCAUGAUUAUAUCUAGCCAGCCAGCGAAUCUGUCCGGGACAUCGUCGUCGGCCCACAUGAGCGAGGAAGGCGUUGAGAGCGAUUGCAAUUGUGUGGGUGCGGGCGUGGGGGCGGCUGCGAGUGCGGGUGCGGCCGCACUAAUGAUGGGCAGGGCGGCCAGACAAAUGCACGCCGUUGAGGCAGAAGCAGGAACAACAACAACAACAGCAGCAGCAACAACACCCACAGCACCAGCUAUAACAACAACAACACCAACAACACCAACAGCAUCAACAGCAGCAGCAGCAGCAGCAGCAGCAGCAGCAACAACAACAACACGAACAACUAUGACAAGCAGAGCUUCAUUAACGCGUCCGGCCUCCGAGUCCGAGCUGCUUGUGGGCACCGGCACUUCGGGCACCAGCUCCUCCGGUGGCGGCGGCGGCAGUGGCCGUCCUGGUCACCGCAAAUCCUCGCUGGCGCUGGCACUGACGCCCGAGGAUGAGUCAAUGGACGUGUAUCAGCGAAAUCUCAUGGACUUGAAAUAUCCAACCGUGCUACCACCGAAUCCUCAACUUAAGGCGCUUUUAGUUUUUCACAAAUCGGAUAGCAUCUGCGAGGUGGUCACCUUGGCCUGCCAGCGCCAUCAAUUGGACGCAACGCUGGUUAAAUCCAAGGAGGAAGCCCUCGAAACCCUGCACAAGUCAUAUGCCACAGCGCAAUGCUAUCAUCUAAUUAUAAUUGAUGCGCGCUCCACAAAAGGUCUCGAUGCCGAGCACAUUGCAAGAACAAUACGUCACACACAUGGACAUCAUUUAACGACAAUAAUUGCCGUCUGCAAGAAGAGUUUCUUUGAAAAAGAUGAUGCGCUAAUUGCUCUAUUGGACGCUGGCGUUAAUAGAUGCAUAGCCGAGACGACCAACCUGGCAAUGUGCAGCGUGGAACUAAAGCAGAUUCUGCACUCGAUCAUAAGGCCGCAUAAUGUUAUGUCCACUCAACAGGCACUAUACACGGCCCUGCACCGGCUGAAGGAGGUGGUGCUCAUCACGGACGACGUGCUGCGCAUACAGUAUGCCAACCGGGCCACAGAACGGCUGCUCAACAUGCGGCUGGAUGAAAUAAUUAGCAAGCCAUUAGCCGACAUCUUCGUCUCGGACCUGUCCACCAUCAGUGAGCAGGGCAAGAGCAUCAAGGAGUUUGAUGGCAUACUGACGGUCCGCCGCAAGAAUCAAGAGGGCAUACCCAUGCACGUGCGUGUCGUGCCCGUGGCCUGCAUUGGCAGUGCACCCACCCAUCUGAUUUUCAACUUUGAUAUACCCGGCGGCGGUAUGGACUUCAUUGCCACGUUGCCGCAGCCAAAGGAGGCGCCGCGCGGCUCUCUGCACUCGGUGCGUCGCUGCAGCUUCGAUGUGCGCUCCAUUGCGUCGGACGGACUGCGUCGCACCAGCCUGGCCAAGCUGACGUCGCUGCCCCUGGAGGCGCCCAUCACCAAAAUAAUCAAUUUACUAUCACAAGUACAGGAGAAUUGUUCAGCUGACGAGGCACGCCUCAUAGACAAAGUCUUGGAGUUCCUUAAGCGCGAAGGACUCUACAGUCCACAAAUGAAAGAGAUACGCACCGAUGAUCCAAUAGCCACCGAUCUCAUUGGCGCCCUUUUGACGGGCCCCAGUGUCUACUCGUCGCGACGCAGCUCCAACGACUCCAUCAUCCGCACUGGCAACUCGACACGCGCGGCCACAAUUGUGCCCGCCAAGAUGAAGGCCAAUCCCAUUAUCAUGGAACUACUUGAAGAAUCUCUUAGCUGGGACUUUGAUAUUUUCAAAUUGGAAGAGAUCACCGACUACCAUCCGCUGCUGUACUUGGGCAUGGAAAUGUUCCGGCGCUUUGAUGUCUUUGCCACACUGAACAUUGAUGAGAACGUCUGCAAAGCCUGGCUGGCCGUCAUCGAGGCGCACUAUCACAAGAGCAACACAUAUCACAAUAGCACACACGCAGCGGACGUCAUGCAGGCAACGGGUGCUUUUAUCACACAGCUGGCAAACAAGGACAUGGUAAUGGAUCGCAUGGAUGAGGCCACGGCCUUGAUUGCGGCAGCGGCGCACGAUGUCGAUCAUCCUGGUCGCUCCUCCGCUUUUCUAUGCAACUCAAACAAUCCCUUGGCCAUAUUGUAUAACGAUCUGACGGUGCUGGAGUCCCAUCAUGCGGCAAUCACUUUCAAGCUGACCCUGGGCGACGACAAGAUCAACAUUUUCAAGAACUUGGACAAGGAGACGUACAAAUCGGCACGCAGCACAAUUAUCGAUAUGAUACUGGCCACGGAAAUGACGCGUCACUUUGAGCACUUGGCCAAGUUUGUGAGCGUCUUUGGCAGCGAGGUUGAGCCGCGUGAGCUUGUGCAGUCGGAGGAGGAGACAUCUAUACUCAUGCGUCGCAUGCUCAUCAAGGUGGCCGAUGUGAGCAAUCCAGCGCGUCCAAUGCAGUACUGCAUCGAGUGGGCGCGGCGCAUUGCCGAGGAGUACUUUAUGCAGACGGACGAGGAGAAGCAACGGCACAUGCCCAUUGUGAUGCCCAUGUUCGAUCGUGCCACCUGCAGCAUACCAAAGAGCCAGAUUGGCUUCAUCGAAUAUAUAAUACAGGAUAUGAUGCAUGCCUGGGACGGUUUUCUGGACAUGCCUCAGCUGAUCACGUGCAUGCAGAUCAACUACUCACAGUGGAAGAAAUAUGAUGAGCAGGGCGUUAAUACCCUUGCCGAUAUUAUGGCCAAGCAGCCGCCUGUCGGCAAUAAGACGUCCAAUUCUAAAUAGCAUACGGCUUUUCGGAGAAUAUUCUCGGGUCUACUUAAGCCGCUGCCGGCCCAGGCGCCUGCCACAUCCACAAUUGGCGAGAACGAAAUGGAGGAUAUGCUCUAGUGCAGGCGAAUCCGAGCCCAGAGACGUGGCUUUCGUCGCACUCUCUCGGCAUAGGUUUCGUUCUUGCUGUUGUCGCUUGUUGCACACAUAUCUCGACUAAAUAACGCUUCCCAAACAGCUCUGUGUGUGUGUGUGUGUGUGUAUAGGUGGAUUCUUAAUCCUUAUUGCGAGCUGGCCACAAGAAAUGGUGCCAAAACAAACAAAGAUUUCUCCAGCACAGACACACAAGAAAAAAAAACAACAAAACAAACAAAUACAAAACU